ACGUGAAAGUAAUGCGAUUGGUCCUGCUGAUUCCUAAACAGAAACCAGAUACACUACCGCAGACGUCUACAGUCAAUUUCUGCCGAAACUUCAAUUCAUUAUAGACGCAAAGGAAAUCCAGGUCAUGUUUUAAAGAAUAUAGCACACUUGCAUAUAAUGGGAAGGAGUGCCGCUGUCAGCUCUGGGUUUGUCGCUCAGGCCUGUUAAAGCAUUAGCCGCCUGCAGCUGUCGUGCGCGCGCACUCACAGAGGCAAAAUGGUGUUGUUGUUGAAUCCACUGGAGAAUCUUAAGACCUACAUAAGUAAUCGUCCGCCACUGGUCAUUUUUAUGGUCAGCGUCAGUGCUGUGGCCAUUGCUUUUCUCACUAUUGGAUACUUUUUUAAGAUCAAGGAGAUCAAAUCACCUGAGAUGACAGAGGAUUGGAACACAUUCCUUCUCCAAUUUAAUGAGAUUGACUUUUGCAUCUCGGAAAAUGAGACACUGAAGCAUAGCUUGAACGAGUCUACUACACCAGAGAGCACAGUAACCAGCAGCCAGGUGCGAUCCAGCACCCAGUCACCACCCCUCCUGGAGGACCCAGGGCCAAUCAACAUCUCUGUGGCCAUCACACUGACCCUGGAUCCGUUGCGGCCGUUUGGGGGCUAUUCACGUAAUAUUACCCACCUUUACGCCAGUGUGCUCGGGCAGCAAGUUGGCCUUUCAGGCAGAGAGGCCCAUGAAGAGAUGAACAUCACUUUCACCCUGCCUGUAGCCUGGAACUCAGAUGACUGUGUUCUACAUGGCCGUUGUGAGCAGAUGGUCUUUAGCACCUGUAUGACCAUCACAGCAGCCAGUAAUGUCUUCCCUGUCACAGUGCAGCCACCUCACUGUAUCCCAGAGACCUACAGCAAUGCCACAUCCUGGUACAAGAUUUUCACCACAGCGCGAGACUCGGACUCUAAGUACACACAGGAAUACAACCCAUUCUGGUGUUACAAAGGUGCCAUUGGGAAGGUGUAUCACGCACUGAAUCCUAAGCUCACUGUCAUCGUUCCAGAUGAUGAUCGCUCUCUCAUUAACCUGCACCUCAUGCACACCAGCUACUUCCUGUUUGUGAUGGUCAUCACAAUGUUCUGCUACGCAGUCAUCAAGGGCAGGCCUGGCAAAGUUCGACAGAACAACCCAGAUUUCUAUCCUGAAAAGGUGGCCUUGUCAGCAGGAUAAAGGGGGUCAAAGGUGAACAUCUGAACUGAAGCAUAUCAGAAAGGGAAGUUGUGAGAAACUACAUGUUGCCUAAACCCAGGAGAAGGGUGCAAAAAAAAAAAAAACAAGCUCUGUGAAUGCAUUUCUCUGCAAUGUUGGGUCACUCCAACCAAAGACAUUUAAGUGCCUGUAUGUACUGUAAAUAAUUAUAGGACUCUUAAAUUCAGUAAAGAAGCAGUUUGCCUGAGCUUCCCCCCUGUGCCAUGCUGUAAAUGUUCAGUAUAUUCAGUAUCAACAGAGGAGAAUGUUUGCCUUGUGUUCGGAUGGGGAAUAUUACCUCCGCAACAUUUUAUCCAUUGUCAUAAUUCAUUCUUCUGUACCUUUCAAGGUGUUAAUCAAAGAUCAACUACUUCUGUGAUGUUUGACUUUGUAUUUGAGGUGAUUGAACAUCUUACCGUGUUUACCUUGUCAUUCCUUAUGUGUCUUUGUCAACACAUUAUUGUGUCCAUGCCAGAUUCUGCCAUGGUGCUGCUUUUGAUUCCUCUUAAAGGACAUACAGAUGCAUGGAGCCCUCUCAUGGAGAUUGAUCAUGUUACUGGUCAUAAUCUUGGAAAGGGUUCCUCUAGAGAUGACACAUCUGUACGUUAUGUUUCUUUUAUCUUUGGUUUUGCUGUUGUCUGUGAACAUACUUGUCAGAAAGAGAUGACUAAGCAAAACCUGAUGCAGUGCUUUGUUAAAGGAAUAGCUUGCUAAAAAAUAUAUAUUUUCACCAUGUUAUUCCAAAACCAUAGGACUGACUUUCUUCUGCAGAACACAAAAGGAGGAAUUUUAAAGGAUGUCCAUUUUGCUGAUUUCCAUACAGUGGUAGUUCAAAGUGAUUCACAUUUUAAGCUUUAAAAGUGUCAUAAAAUGUAGAGCCAUGCUUGUUCAGAUGUUCAUGCAAGAACUUAUCACGAGAAAUUGCGCUGUUUUUGCUUUUGUGAAAUUUAAGAGCGAGCCAUUGUGAAUGAGCUUCUAUCAUGCACUCCAGAAUGUGGAAAGUCAGGAUUUACACUGCAAAAUAACUCACAUUUUGCAUUAUCGUAAGCCUUCAGAAGACUUGAAAUAUGACACAUCAGUCCCAUGGACUACUUUUAUGACACUUUUGGGGCGUUUUUUUUAUUUCUUUUUUUUUUUUUUUAAGUGAAUCAACUGCCAUUGUACAGAGAUCCUCAAACUCCCUUUUUUUUUCUUCUUUCUUUUUUAUAUACAUAAGAAAAAAAUACAGGUUUGGAACAAGAUGAAGUGAGUAAAUAAUCACAGAAUUUGUGUUAUUGGGUGAGAUAUUCUUUUACACUCCUCAAAUUCAAACUUGUGAAAAACAUGUUUCUUUGGCAGGCUCGGUAAACACAUCCUAUCUACUUCAACCGUAAUUGGAAUGUCUCUUUGAAAACAGAUGAAAGUCCUGAUCUUGCGACAGUGGUACAAGGGAUUUGUGUUGAUUUAAUGUGCAAGAAAGAUAAAAUGAUGUAACGAUCCAUUGCCUUUUUGCUUCAUGUCUCAUUUAGAUCCACGAUUGUUUCUUGACACUGCUCAACUGAAUGUACUUGUGCGAUGCUACAUAAAUAAUAUUGCAUAAUCUCUUGUACAUUUAACAUUUGUGUGUUAAAAAAAAUGGUAAAUCCCUAUUGUAGAUAUUUUUUUUUUGUAAUCUAUUGGCUUUAUUUUACAGUUUUGAACCAACAAUUUUAACUUUUUCUUUACCCAUUGCUCAGCCAUCCAUUGUUUUUCUUGCCUUUUGAAUCUCUUGCCAUUUAAUGUUUUUGUUUGCCUAAGUAUAAAAUUAGGCAUCAAUGCCUCGUUUUAAUCUUAGUGCAAUAUCUGAGCAGUCAUCUUGCCUUCAAAUGUACGGGGUUGUUAUUUUCAUUUUCAAUAGGUUUUCAUUUUCACACAAUGAAACAUAUCGUGCAUGAGUGAUCAUAUCAAAUAGACGUGCAUGGUGUCUGAAAAGAAAUAUUUUGGAUUGUAAAUAUAACAGGAGAGUGUUGCUGAUACCUUUGGUCGUCGGCCUUUAUUUCAUUCCCCUAUUUGGUUUGCAUUAUUUUAUCUCCUGUCUACAGUCAGAAAUCUAGCACAUACAUGGUCUUUGUUAAUUAUUCUUCAAAAUGAUACAUGAUCUGGGCUUUUACUUUAAAGCAAGUGAAACUUUUAGUGGCCAUCUUUAACUGUACCCGUCAUUGUCAUUUAUUACCACCCCCUUAUUUAUCUUCCUUUAUUACAGCCCAUAAUAAAUGACCAUCCAACCACUAAUGUGCCUUUGCACUAGUCAGCUCAGCUGUUGCCUGUGUACUGUAUAUAGCACCAUUUUUGUGUUUAAAUACCAUUUUCAUUCUCUAGUUGAUCCUGCUGUAUGAAGUUUGAGUUGAAAUAAAUACAUCUUGACUGUUCACAUUUACUUUCUGUAUGUCUAACCCCUAUUCAAAACUCCAGUAACGAUUGUAAAAGUCAUGCUGUCUUUUCACUAUAUUAAGGAGAGUUUAUAUUUGUUUUACACGCCAGUGCUUUGUUUACUACAACUGUUUUAAUAGAUUUUGAAGUAAGACACAUGGUGAUAUUGGGAAAACUGUCAUGGGAUGAUCGCAAAAUACUUUGAAACCUCUUAGAAAAGCAAUAUUUUGGAUUUGAGUUCGUAUGUGCAACUAAUGCAUUUGCGUUUUCUAUUCUUAGUUCAAUUCUAUGUUCAAACCCAGAGACAUUUGCUCAUGUCUAGUUUCAUUUUGAGAUCAGAUUCAUUCCUGUCUGAUCACUGAAUGAAUGUUUCUGCUUCAUAAAUGCAGCUAAUAAGAAUAAUUACUGCAGUCAUUAUAGUUGGCCUUUCAGUGCUGCUGGACAAUGGAAAAUGACAAUGAAUUCCACGGAUGCUACCUGAUGCUUGGAUCAUAUUGAUCUUUCCCUUCAUCUCUCCUUUGGGCUUGUAGCAUUAGUGAAGUGUAUUUGUUAGUAGUAGAAAUCUACUUGUGUGAACUUGCGGCACACCCGCUUGCUGGUUCCGUUGUGUUGGCGAGAGGUGUUGCAAGCCCUUUGACUUGUCAUGAUGCAUGAUUGUAAAUGUUCUACCUGCUGACCUGUUUGUAUGAGGACAAUCCCUUGGUUUAUUUUCUGUUUGUAAGAUAUUGUAGACACAUGCUUUGCUGAAUAAAAUCAGA